UCUAUAAAUAACUCCCCUCUUCUUCUCUCCCUUCUCCUCUCUCUCUCUCUCUCUCUCACCUUUGUUAUACGUCUUCUCCUUUUCACUUCUCAGAGGUCACGACCACCACUACACACCGCACCAUAAUCUUGGUAAAACCUAUAUAUUCUUUCAAUGGAAAUCAUUUUACACUCCUAUGAUCUGCCUUGAUCUAAAGGAGCGUUUUUCUUCAAGAUUUUAUUUCACCUUAUUUAGUGCAUGCACUUGAAGAACAGACAUAUUUGUUGUAGUUUAAUUCGCCAGCUAGCAUUUCCUUAUGUAUUCUUUUUUAUAUAUAUAAUUUCCUACUUUAGUUAGUAUCUUCCUAAGCAAGGAUGGAUUCACACCAGAUUUUCGGUAUAUUGUUUGAUUGGUCAAUAUUUAGUACCUAUAUUUUCUAGCAUAGGAUUAGUAAUUUCCUUGAAAUAUACAUUUGAACUAGCUAGCAGUCAAAUAAUAUAUACCUCUUCAAAUGCAUUAUUUGUUUCCAACAUAUGAUAUUGUGCAAGUCAUUUUCCUAGAGUUCACCUGAACCCAAAGGAAUAUGAUUAUUGUUGUUACUAUUGAUCUCAUAAUGAAACCCACUAGCAAUAGAUGACGUGUCUAACCACUGCUGUGUCAUGUGAGACUGUCUGAAAGAUUAUUAAUUGAUAUAACUUACAUUAUAUGUCAUAGUCAAGCUACAUUAGAGCUUGAUUGGAUUAGUCAAUGAAGGUGGAAAGAAACUGAUUCAGUUAGAGGAGUGUUGGCGGUACUUGGGUAGUUGAGUGGAGCCAAAAGCUAACCAACACACAUAGAUCCGUUACCCGUUGAUGUAGGCCUAAACUCUCCUAACACUUUUUUUUAGCUUGUGUCACAUUCAUCUGAGUCAGAAUCGACUAAUAUCCUACCCUACUUUACCACAUAAGUCUUUCAAAACUUUGCCUUUGUAUGGGGACAAGUUGUCAAAUCUUAUAUUUCAAUAAUGUAUUGCCCUUUUGUUUUUUAUAUUGUUUUCAUGUAUCUCUGUCUAAACGACAGAAACAAAAUUUUACUUGUGGAAAAUGACCUCCAUUUUGUGUAGCUAACUUUAUUCCUUAAUUACUUGGCCCACUGAAAACAUUUGUUAGCUGAUGUUUUCAUUCUCCAGAAUGAUUGAAAAUGGCCAGAAAACGUUUUUGCUUAUUAAAAUUGUUCUUGAACUUGAUAAGUGAAAGUGACUUCCUAGACAAAACUAUUUGAAGCACUUCAAGUGUAGUCUUUAUUGAAUUAAACUAGUACACAUGAUUUUGAGCGAUUCUCCUCCAUCUUUUUUUUUAUGUCGCCAGCAUAACCGACCAUUUAUUGUUGAUCAUACCUUUGUUUUAGUUUUAGCUUUUUCGUUAUGAUAGAGAUAUUAGCAAACAAAUACAGUAACGCUCUUCCUUUCGAGGCAAUUUAAAGAUCGAGCAUAUUUAAUGGAGCCUGUCUACCAGAGCAAGAUUUGUCAUGAUUUUGGUGGACAACUAUAUUAGUGGAUCGCAUGAAGCAUGGAAAUUAGCGUCUGAAAGAGUUCAAAGGACUUCCGUAGAUUUAAAUUAAAUAUGAAAUAUUUAUUUCUUCUCCUUGUCACUUUCAAGAUUAUGAAGAGGAAGUUCACACAGCUACGGGAGUCUAUGGGGUUUCAAACAUCGCAUAGCACUAAACGGAUACCACAGCCAAUUUUCAAAGCAAAGGAGGACUUAAUUGAUGCACAUGAAAACUCAUUAAUUCGAAGGACUACACUGAACUUGACUGAUCAUACCCAAACCAAUUCCAUGUUCACUCUCUCUGGCUAUGAUUCAUGGGUGGUAAGGCACCCUUCUGCAUUGAACUCGUUUGAUAGGUUGAUGAAAGCCGCCAGUGGGAAGAGGAUCAUCGUUUUUUUGGACUACGAUGGUACCUUAUCACCAAUUGUUAAUGACCCUGAUCGUGCUUUCAUGUCUGAUGAGAUGCGUGCAGCUGUAUAUGAAGUUGCUACUUAUUUUCCAACAGCAAUAAUUAGUGGAAGAAGCAGAGAUAAGGUAAAAGGUUUCGUGAAGUUAAAUAAUUUAUAUUAUGCUGGGAGCCAUGGCAUGGACAUAAUGGCACCAUCAAUGGCAGUUACAUCUUCUGACGGCAAGCAUUUUGACAUUGCCCGUAACACAAAUGGCACUGAAGUUCCCUUUCAACCUGCGAAGAAGUUUUUGCCGGCAAUUGGAGAGAUAAUAAGAGUACUAAAGAAUGAAGUAAAGGAAAUAAAAGGAGCAAUGGUAGAGGACAACGGAUUCUGCCUCUCUGUACAUUUCCGACAGGUCCAAGAAAAGGAUUAUGAUGUUUUGGAAGCGAAAGUGAAGUCUGUGCUUGAAAAUAAUCCAGAAUUUUGCCUAACAGAGGGUAAAAAGGUUAUGGAAAUAAGGCCAUCUAUAAAGUGGAACAAAGGAAAUGCUGUAGAAUAUUUUCUUGACACAUUAGGAUUAAGCAGUUGCAAUGAUAUCCUUCCAGUGUAUAUUGGCGAUGAUAGAACUGAUGAAGACGCUUUUAAGGUCAUACAGAGUAGAGAGCAAGGUUAUCCAAUUAUAGUGUCUUCAAUUCCAAGAGAAACUAACGCUUUAUACUCUUUGCGUGACCCAUCUGAAGUACUAAUCUUUUUGUCACGGUUGGCAAAAUGGAGGAAAACCUCUUACUAAAGCAUGCCUUUAAAUUUUGGUUAAGGCAUGUGGAUCAUCACCAGAGGGAGAAUUUUGCAGUGCAUAUUAUAGUUACUUCCCAUGAUGGAUUUGGAGAAGUGGGAUGGAUGCUAAUUUCUUUUUUAGUAGCUGGUUUGUAAAAUAACCACGAUGUAUAUGUAUAUUUCCAGAUUGUAAAAAGGGUUCCAAGAAAGAAUAACUUCUCAUCUUUUGACAUCAA